UCGGGACCCAGGUCCACAGGUUCCUGGUUCCCUGAGUGUGGUGUCGCAGGUGGUGAGGAAGGUGCCGGGGCGCUGAGGACAGGAGUCGGGAGGGGAUGUCGCAGUUGUACAAGACGCUGAGAGAAGAUGGUGCAGAAAUACCAGUCCCCAGUGCGGGUCUACAAGUACACCUUUGAACUGGUGAUGGCGGCUUAUGAGAAGAGAUUCCCGACAUGCCCAUUGAUCCCGGUUUUCCUGGGAAGUGAGAAACUGAGUGAACACCAGAGUGAGGAUGGAUCACUGCACAUCGUGGAGAGAAGCUGUAAGCUGAACGUGGAAGCCCCUCGGCUGCUGAAGAAGAUUGCAGGAGUGGAACACGUUUACUUCAUCCAGAAGAACACGCUGAACUGGAAGGAGCGAACCCUGCUGAUCGAGGCUCACAAUGAGACCUUCUCCAACAGGGUCCUGGUCAAUGAGAUCUGCAGUUACAGGGUCCACCCUGACAAUGAGGACUGGACAUGCUUUGAACAGUCCGCAUCGCUGGACAUCAAGUCGUUCUUUGGCUUCGAGAGCACGGUGGAAAAGAUUGCGAUGAGACAGUACACAGCCAAUGUGAAGCGGGGUAAAGAAGUUAUUGAGCACUACCUGAAGGAGCUGACGACACAGGGCAUCCGGCACCUUCCCCGCUGGGCUCCUCCUGAGCCGACCACCACAGCUGACAUGGUGCUGGAGUCCAGUUGCCCUGCACCAGUGUCCUUGCCACCUCUCGGGACUGAGCCAUCGGAUGCAGAGACGGACAGCACUCCCGGAGAGGCAGUGGACAGCCUGUGUGAGCAGGAGAGCCAGCCCACAGCACCUGAUGCUGACAAGCUAGAUGCCGACUACAUUGAACGUUACCUGGGACGGCUGUCUCCAAUGCAGGAGAGCUGCCUGAUCCAACUCCGGCAGUGGCUGCAGGAAACACACAAGGGCAAGAUUCCCAAAGACCAGCACAUCCUGCGUUUUCUGAGAGCUCGAGACUUUAACCUGGAGAGGGCACGGGAAAUCCUGUGUCAGUCCCUCACCUGGCGCAAACAAUACCAGGUCGACCACAUCCUCGAGAUGUGGAGGCCGCCCCCGGUCCUGCUGGAGUACUACACGGGAGGCUGGCACUACCAUGACCGAGACGGCCGGCCGCUCUACAUCCUGCGUCUGGGACAGAUGGACACCAAGGGGCUGCUGAAGGCUCUUGGGGAGGAGGCCAUUCUGCGGCACGUGCUGUCGAUCAACGAGGACGGGCAGCGGCGGUGCGAGGUCAACACCCGGGUGUUCGGGCGCCCCAUCACCUCCUGGACGUGCCUGGUUGACCUGGAGGGGCUGAACAUGCGGCACCUGUGGCGGCCGGGAGUGAAAGCCCUGCUCCGCAUCAUUGAGGUUGUGGAGGCCAAUUACCCUGAGACCCUCGGGCGGCUGCUGAUCCUCCGAGCCCCCCGCGUCUUCCCCGUGCUCUGGACACUGGUCAGUCCAUUCAUCAACGAAAACACCCGUCAGAAGUUCCUCAUCUACAGCGGCAGUAACUACCAGGGUGCGGGGGGCCUCCUCGACUACAUCGAGAAAGAGUUCCUUCCCGACUUCCUGGGUGGGGACUGCCUGUGCGACAUCCCAGAGGGAGGAACUGUGCCCAAAUCCUUAUACCAGGCCGAGGAAACGCUGGAGAACGCUGAUCACAUCCGCCUCUGGACAGAAACCAUUUACCAGUCUGCCAACAUCUUCAAAGGAGCCCCACAUGAGAAGGCGAUUGAGAUUCUGGAGCCCUCCUCAGUUAUCACCUGGGACUUCGACAUACUGAAGGGUGAUGUGGUGUUCAACAUCUUCCAUUCCAAGCGAGCGUCUCCGGCCCAUUGCAAGGACUCGGCCGGCUCGAUCGGUGCCUUCGCUGUUGGCAACAACGUGCAGCUGAUAGACAGGAGCUGGGUGCUGGGGAAGGACUACAGCUCUGUGGAAUCGCCCCUCGUCUGUCGUGAGGGGGAGAGCAUCCAGGGUUCACACGUGACUCGCUGGCCUGGCUCCUACAUCCUGCAGUGGAAGAUGCUCAGCCCCAGCUCGUGUCCCUCCAACAUCCCUCGUGUCGACGAUGUCUUGGCGAGUCUGCAGGUUUCCUCCCACAAGUGUAAAAUCAUGUUUUACACUGAGGUGCUGGCGUCCGAGGACUUCAGGGGCUCCAUGUCCAGCCUUGAGUCCUGUCACAGCGGAUUCUCGCAGCUCAGUGCUGUCACCACCUCAUCCAGCCAGUCCCACAGCAGCUCCCUCGUCUCCAGGUAGGGACCUUGCGGACGCAGAACGAGGCACUGAUCAGGAAAGUGAACUACCUCAGGAUCAGGAAGGGCAGUGGCUCCAACGCUCAGCACCAGCCCAACCCUCACACUCAAGUGUGAUUACACUGACUUGUCAGGGAUAUUACGCCUCGCGAGUUUGGCGUCAUGCUCCAGGCAGGAAGGGUGUUGUGGACUGACCAGCACACUCCUUCCCUGUCAGGAAUCGUGUGCUCCAACACCGGGGCACCUCACGGCCCACCCACUCGCCCAAGGGCAGGCUGUUCCAUCAGAUACAACUGCAGAAUACCUGGUAGCUUAUCGUCUAUUCUUGUCCUGAGCACUCAGCCGUGUGACCGUUCACACUGGCUCCCACUGACUACGUCCUCACGCCCGCCCUUCACUGCUUAGCUGGUAGGGUUUUGCCUCAUUAUAAGGCGAUGUGCUGAUUGGUUGAAUCCAGUUGCCCUACAAAUCAGACUCACUGUGUGCUGAACAAGGUGGUUUCACCUGUAUUUCACUGAUCCUCUUUGGGAUCUUACUUAUCACGGCCCCAACUAUUUCCACUGGAAUCCAGUUCAUUUCUGAGCUCUGGGUGCUGUGUGAGCCUCUCCCUGGAGUGCUAGGACUCCAGAUGUGGUCACCAAUGGUCUAUGCAAAAUUAGGAAAAUUAGCUUCCUGUGUGUGUGCGUGCGUGCGUGCGCGGGGAGCUGAGAGUGUUAAUGUUUCAUCUCCCUUUCAAAACCCGGCUUGCUUAUCAAGGCCAGUGUUUCCUGAACCUAUGAACUUUGCCCUAGCCUUCACAACUGAACCACAGUUGCCUCUGCUACCUCUCUCAAAGUUUAAUUAAUCCGGCUCCCUCAAUGGGACACUCCCUCUUGUGCUGCCUCUGCCCUGCACACUGCUCUCCAGUGCCUGAUCCAUAUGGUGGAUUUUGAUAUCCACAACUGGGUUGACAGAUCCCCUUGAACUUUGUGCCCUGCGACUGCUGCAGCCACAGCACAAAUUCCCCAGAGGAAUUCUAUCCACAGUGCAGGGUGAACUGCUGCAAGAGUCUGUUACAGCUGGGCCUGGUUACAGGGGAGGGGAGGUUUGCUAAUCCCCACGGUUAGAUUCUCUGCUGAGGAUUUUAGAGAUCUUGAGCACCUUCCUGCUACAGGGGUGUAACAGCUAAGAGCUUCUGUGGUGGAUGGUGGGACCCCCACCCUCAGGCCUUGAAUUUACAGAGAGAGCAGUAGGCACGUUGUGGUUCUGCAACAGGAUUUGGUUUGAGUGAGUGGGUGAAAACCUGGCAAAUGGAGUUUACAAUGUGGGAAGGGGCGAGAUCGUGCACUUUGGUACGAGGAGUCAGAACAUGUUAUUAUUUAAAUGGAGAGAGACUGCAAAUGAGUGAAGUUCAGAGGGAUCUGGAUGUUUUAGUGCGUGAAUCACAAAAAGCUAGCAGGCAGGUAGAUCCAACCAGGCAAAUAGAAGUUGGCCUUUGCUGCAAAGGAGUUGGAGUUUACGAAGUGGGAGGUUUUGUACAGAUGUCCAGAGUGCUGGUGAGGUUGCACCUGGAAUACUGUGCACAGUUUUGGUCUCCUUACCUAAAAAAAAUAGUCCAAAGGAGAUUCACCAGGGUAAUUCCUGGGGUGAGAGGAUUGUCCUAUAAAGAGAGGCUGGACAGGUUGGGUCUGUAUUCCUUGGAGUUUAGAAGAAUGAAGGGUGAUCUUAGGGUACAAGCUCCUGAGGAGGGUGGAUGUUGGGAUGUUUUCAUUAGGGGGGAGAGACUCGAACAAGCAGAAAUAAAGGGCUUGUCAUUUAAAACUGAGGUGUGUAGAAAUUUCUUCCUCAGAGGGGGGUGAAUCUCUGAAAGCCUCUGUCCCCGAGGGUGGUGGAGGCCAGACCAUUAGAUAUAAUUAAGGUGGAGUUGAGGCCAUGAUAUUGACUGGUAGGGCAGACUCGAGGGGCCAAGUGGCCUGUUCCUGUUCUGAGGUUCUUGGAUGGAGCUGUGCAGCACCUGGUUAGGCGGGAACUAAGGACCACAUCUGUCUCUCUCCAGAUUAUAACUGUGACCUCCCAAUAACGGAGAGAAAAAUAAAUUCCUUUCCCACAUUUGCCAGUGUUAAUUAAAGGCAAGGCCCUCAGCUCUGAUGGAGGAGGGCUGUUCGACUCGAGGGUGGAUGAGUCGCCAGGGGAAGGCGUAGAUUUCAGCUCAGGGAAUGAACUCUAACCAGAAACCAGAUAAUCUUAAACAUCUCUACAACUUCAAGGCAACAGUGGGAAUACAUUUCAUGAGCUG